AUGGUGUUUGCUGUUUGUCAACUACAGGAGAAAUGCCAGGAACAGGACUCCAACCUGUAUAUGACUUUAAUUGACCUGACAAAAGCUUUUGAUACAAUGCCUUUUGUGAUGGACACUGGGAUUGGCAUCCGAUACUGGACUGAUGGCAAGCUCUUCAACCUAAGGAGACUACAGGCAAAGACAAAGGUACAAGAAGUGUCUGGUCAUGAUCUUCAGUUUGUUGAUGACUGUCCUCUGAAUGCCAAAUCUCAGUCUGACACGCAGCGGAGUAUGGAAUAUUUCUCUUCAGCUUGUGACAAUUUUGGUCUCACAGUCAACAUCAAUGAGGCAGAAGUUAUGUACCAGCCUGAACCAGGAAAGCCUGACAUAGAAUCUACUGUCACAGUGAAUGGCCAAACCCUCCAGGCAGUGGACAAGUUCACCUACCUCAGCAGUACACUGUCAUGUGUGGUUCACAUCAAUGAUAAAACCAAAUCCAGAAUUGCCAAAGCAAGUGUGGCCUUUGGUAGACUAUGUGCAAAUAUUUGCAUCACAUGGAGAAUGGAGAAAGCAGAAGGGGAAAAUGAAACAUCUAUCACAGAAUUCAUCCUGCUGGGAUUCGGGAAUCUCCCUGCACUGCAAAUUCUUUUCUUCUUGCUGUUUCUAGUGAUCUACAUAGUCACCAUGACCGCAAAUAUGCUCAUUGUUGCGCUAGUUGUGGCUGAUCAGCACCUUCACACCCCCAUGUACUUCUUUCUGGGGAAUUUGUCCUGUGUGGAAAUCUGCUACACCUCCACCAUACUGCCCAGGAUGCUGGCCAAUUUCCUGACUGGAGACAAGACCAUUUCUGUGACAGGCUGCAUUGUACAAUUUUAUUGGUUUGGUGUUUUAGUGACUGUUGAGUGUUAUCUGCUAGCUUUGAUGUCUUAUGAUCGAUACUUAGCGAUAUGUAAACCUUUGCACUAUGCAGCCCUUAUGAAUGAUAGGUUUUGUAUGCAGCUAGCAGCUGGAUCAUGGCUAAGUUCAUUCAUAGUUCUUACCAUAUUAAUAUGUUUGGUGUCACAAUUAGUCUUCUGUGGCCCCAAUGAAAUUGAUCAUUUCUUUUGUGAUUUCACCCCCAUGAUUAAACUCUCCUGCAGUGACACCAAUAUGGUUACCCUGGCGACUCUCAUAUUCUCCUCCAUAGACAUUGUUUCCCCAUUUAUUUUGACCCUGACAUCUUAUGUUUAUAUAAUCUCCACCAUCCUGAGAAUCCCUUCCGCCACUGGGAGGCAAAAGGCAUUUUCCACCUGCUCCUCCCACCUUAUCGUGGUUACAGUUUUCUAUGGCACCCUAAUGAUUGUUUAUAUAUUACCCAACACUGGUUCACUGAGAGCCCUGAACAAAAUUUUUUCUAUCCUUUACACUGUCUUGACACCCCUGAUCAAUCCCCUCAUCUACAGCCUGAGAAACAAAGAUGUCAAGGAGGCCCUGAGACGAGCUCUCCGGAAAG